AAAAGCCCCGGGCAACCAAAACGAAAUUUUGGUGUACAGUUUGAGACUUGAGAGGGAUUUGAAAUCAACUCGCGAACAGAAGGUCUUUGCUUCUUCUUUUCUAUUCUGUCGGAGACGAUCCCAAAAGAGGUUUUGUGCUUGGAAUUCAAUUGCUGUCUGUCUCUCCAACAUAUUCUCCCUUUGAAGUCGCAAAUUUAACUGAAAUUUCCCAGAUGGAACAAGUCGAAGCUAUUGAAGCACAGCCCAACCUAAACUGGAGCGAGUCAGUGGAAGAUCUUGUGUCAGCCGGUGAUACAGACGGCGCUAUCUCUCUCCUUGAAACGGUGGUUUCCAAACUUGAAACCCUGAGCCCAUCUGAAACGCUCGAUCUCCAAUUAGCGUCUGCCCUUACUGAAUUGUCCAAGCUGCACUCCACCAAGCACUUCUCUCUCAAAUCCGACGAGCUUCUCUCUCGCGCUUCGCUCCUCAAACAACGAGUCCUUCAGUCUCGUCCUUCUGGUUCGGAAAAUGUGGAGGACUCCAAGGAAGAUGUGUCUUCAACGUCCAAUGCUACUUUAUCUUCCAAUCAUUCGGUUAUUGAUGGGCGUUGUAUAAAAGGGAAUCUUGAGGAAUCAGGUAGACUGCCUGAUGAUGCUUCUCCCUGCAAUGGAUCUUCAGAUGAUGAUUGGGAAGCUAUUGUGGAUCGUGCUCCCAGUGAAUUACUCUCCCCACAAGGCUUACCAAGUAUAUCAAAUCUUUCAUUGAACGAAAAUAAAGUUCAAGGCCCUAAGCGACGUGGAAGGGGAACGUUCUCAUACAAACAAGACAAACUUUAUAGUGAUAGACAAUCUUGUACGUCUUUUUCUAGUGACACAGAGGAUGAUGAUUUGAGCAAAGGCAAACAGCAGAAUCCAGAAUCAAUAUAUUCUAAAUAUGGCACGCAUCAUGUCCUUGUUCUAUCUGACUUUCCACCAAGUACAAGGACGAUAGAGCUUGAGAAGCUUUUCCAGGACUUCAGAAGUGAAUUUGUCAUUCGAUGGGUCAACGAUACAAUGGCCCUUGCAGUAUUCCAAACACCUUCAUUAGCUCUUGAGGCCCAGAAACAUAUUCAAUAUCCAUUUACAGUGCGUAUUCUUGAUGAGGAUGAUAUCCUUAUGGGUUCAAUUCGUGAAAGAGAUCUGGAACCUCCUCGCAGAAGGCCACAGACAUCAACAAGAACUGCCCAGAGAUUGAUUGCACAAGGAAUGGGAAUGAAGCUGCCUUCUACAAACUUUGGAUCUAGAGAAUUGAAGGAUCAAGAAGAAGCUAGAAAGAAUCGCAUAGUCACGAGGCAAAAAAUGAUCGAGGAUGCUUGGGGUGAUGGUGAAAAAUAAGACUUUCUCAUUUCAGAUUUUAUACAUAAAGACGGUGUAGCUUCGAACUUCUGUUAUUGAUUUAACUAUAUGCUGUAAAAGUUACACAUACUCGUGUAUGAUGGAGAGUACAAAUUUUUCUUCCUGGGGAAGUCCAUUAACUUAUGUUAAAUCA